GAAUACAUAAAUUUUAUCCGCGGGUUCCCCUCCCUCUGGGCCGGGCCCGCCCGCUGCCAUGAUACCCUUGUGCCGUAAAACCCUAAUUCAAUCGCGCUAUAUAUAUUUGGCAGCAAUCGCUUCUUCAACCUAACACUUCCUCGAAAACUGUUCCACCGGCGGCGAUGUGUCCGUCAUCAGUAUCCUCCAGUUUCCGGUGGUAUUGUUUUGUAUUACUCUCUAUACUUGUCAACACAAUUAUAUAGGAUCGUAUGGAAAGCGAUGUUCAUAGACUUUGGAUUCAUGGAAUUGGGAAAUCAGUUGGACUUGGUGGCAGCCUAUUACACUUAGGUUUUAAAUGGUGAAUCUAGCACGCAUUCCUAAUGAAUGCAUGUGAAAAGGAUGCAUUUAUCGGAGAAUACACCGGUGAACUGAUAACGCAUGAUGAAGUAGAUAAACGUGGGAAGAUGUAUGACCUUUUUGACUUCCUCAUAUUUGUUUGAUCUUGAUGACCAGUAUGUUAUGCAUAUGGGAAGGGAAGUAAUUUAUGGUGCACCAACAAUUCUCCUAGACCAAAUUGCUACGUAAAGGAUCGUAUGGAAAGAGAUGUUCAGACUUUGGAUUCAUGGAAUUGGGAAAUCAGUUGGACUUGGUGGCAGCCUAUUACACUUAGUUGUUCAAAGAGUUGCAAAAAUCGAUUUAGAGGAUGCUGUUGUGCCAAAAACCAGUCUCGAACUCGACAGUGCUCAUGUGUUGCUGCAAAUAGGAAAUGUGAUUCUGAUGUCUGCCUCAAUUGCUUUGUCAGUUGUGGCGAUGGCACUUGUGGAGCUCCUCCGCCAAAAGAGAAAAGUUACAACUGUAUGAAUAUGAAGCUUUUUCAAAAUCAACAUCAGAAGGUGUUAAUUGGUGAAUCUAGCGCGCAUUCCUAAUGAAUGCAUGCGAAAAGGAUGCAUUUAUUGGAGAAUACACCGGUGAACUGAUAACGCGUGAUGAAGCAGAUAAAUGUGGGAAGACAUGACCUUUAUGACUUCCUCGUAUUUGUUUGAUCUUGAUGAUCAGGUAUAAUACUGGAAAAUCACUUAAUUCCCUGGUCUUUGGCCUUUACUUUUGUAGAUUAAACAUUAAUUUGCCAACUUUUUAAUGUUAGUAUGUUAUGCAUAUGGGAAGGGAAGUAAUUUAAGUUGCACCAACCAUUCUCCUAGACCAAAUUGCUAAGUAAAGGUAAGAAUUUUUGGCUUUUAAGAAAUUCAUAUUCCUGCCAAACCUGUAUGUUUGCCCCUUGGCUAUUUAUUGAACAUGUGAAUAUAUCAUUACCCAUCAAUACAUUACUACCACAAAAUAGAAAAGUUGUAGAAUGCUGAUAAUAGUCUACAAAGUAAUAAAGUCUGCAAAAUCUCGACAGAAAUGUGAAACUGAUAAAUUAUGUAUUCUUAGGAGGGGAUUUGUCUUUGACAACAUUCUUCAUACCAUAGGCCUCCCUUUUGGCCCGGCUUCUUGACGAAGUAUUUGAUGCCUUCCCCCUAGCUCUGCUGGUGGAAGGAGUAUAGUCCUCAUUUUUAUCUGAAUCGGACACCUUCUGUUCAGCUUGUGUUCCUUUUUUACCUCUGGUACACCCAGGAGUAUAUUCCUAAUCUUUAUCUGAAUCCGAGACCUUCCGUUUGGCUCGAGUUCUCUUUUUAGCUCGGCUGCUCCUCUGAGAAUAGUCCUCAUCUUUAUCUGAACCUGAUACCCUAUGACCUUCUGCCCAUGAAGGAGCUACGUCUGCUUCUGUAACCAUACAGAAGAUAUUUUUGGCCAGUAGAUAUUGAUCCUGUGAUUUCCUGCCACUAACAAAAUCUGCUAAAAGCAAAAAGCUAUUACGGCAAUAUGAAAUGGACAGUGACUGGAAAUCACAGGAUCGAAAUAUUUGCCAAAGGAACUAUUUAUUGAUUAUGGUUACAAAAGUAGACGUAGCUCCUUCGUGGGCAGAGGGUCACAGGUAUCAGGUUCAGAUAAAGACGAGAACUAUUCUCAGAGGAGCAGCCGAGCUAAAAAGGGAACUCGAGCCAAACGGAAGGUCUGAGAUUCAGAUAAAGACCAGGACUAUACUUCAAGGAGUACCAGAGCUAAAAAGGAGGCUUAAGAUUCAGAUAAAGAUGAGGACUAUACUCCCUCCAACAGCAGAGCUAGGGAAAUGCAUCUUAUACUUAGUCAAGAAGCCGGACCGAAGAAGAAUGUUGUCAAAGACAAACCCCCCUUCCUAAUAAUAGAUGAUUUAUCACCUUCAUAUUUCUGUGAAGAUUUUGCAAACUUUAUUAUUUUGUAGGCAACUUUUCUGGUUGUUGCAACAUCCUAAUGUUGUGAACGAACCAUUUUAAAUUUUAUUCUAAAAUCACAUUUAAGUUUGAAAUAAAAUCCUUAUUUUUAAUAAGGACAUAUUAAUCUC